UCUAUGGUUCUAUUUAUCAUUAAUUUUAAUCAUGGCUGCUGUUGUUUGUCAUACUUGUUAGAAAAAGUAUCGUGCUGUGCUUGAUAAUUUUAAAAAUUUGGGGUUUUGCUGUGCAGUUGAAAUCAUACUUAAUUGUUAAAAUUUUAAAGCAAUGGAAAUAGAGUCGUCAGGAGGCAGUGAUUCCGUAGAAGUAGUACAAAAAGUUGAACAAGAAGAUGUUCCUAUUAAAAAGAAGCAUAAAAAGGAACACAAACAUAAACAUAAAAAACAUUCCUCUGAAAAGUCGAAAAAGCACAAAAAGCAUAAAAAGCACAAACAUAAACAUAAUGAAGAAGUAGCUGAUAACAAAGCUGACAAUGAUCGGUAUACACCAGAACUUUCCCCCAAAGCUAAUCAAAUAUCUAGUUUUAAUAGUAAUUAUAUCUCUAAUGGUAAAUCUUAUUCAGGCACAGAUGAAAUUGAAAGUAAGUUAAAGAUGGAUGCUGAUGAAGUGGCCAGUUAUGUAGCUGCAGGCUUAUCCACAACACAUUCCCUAGAAGUCAUAUCCUCAGAAACAGAAACAGUGGAACCAGAAGCAGAGUGUGAUAGUGAUGCUAUUGAUAUUUCUGUAAUUGAAGCAGACAUGGAUCUUGAAGAACUGAUGAGACAAAAAGAACUGUUACAAGCCGAAAUUGCGAAAGCUGGUCAUACAAUAACUUUAUCACCCACUGCCAAUAAAAUUGAUGAUGUUAUUCUUGUUGAUGACUCUAGUGAUGAAUCGUCUAGAGAACAGAGCCAUAUCCAACGUUCUAAAAGCAGAGAAAGAAGAGUAGUGAUUAGAAAAAGACAUAAUGAUCAUAAUCACGAGGAAAUUUACAAAAGAAUAAGAACGUCCAGUAAAGACCGAAGUUAUAGAGAAAGGUUGAUCAAAGAUAGUCACCAAAAAGCUAGAGAUAUAGAACGAGAACGAAAAUCAUUAGAGCGUCAUUCAAGUAUGAAGUCUAGUAAUCGUCAAAGACAUUAUACAGAAAGUAAUAGAAGGUCCAGAGAUCGAGAUAUCCGAAAAUCAAAUGACACAAAAACUUCUAGGGAUUAUGAUCAUCAUAGGAACAGGGAUAGAAUGUCCCAUGAAAUUGAUUUGAGAAGAUCAUAUGAUAGGGACAGUAGGAGAUCACGGGAGAGGAAUGACAUUCUUUAUCGGAGAUCUCGAGAUCGAAGUGGGAGGAAAUCGAGAGACCGCGAUAUUUCACGAUCAAGAGCUCGAGAUCGAUCCCCUGAUAGAGAUAGAAGAAGAGACAGAUCGAGAGACGAAAGACGUACUCCUCGAGACAAAAGACGUUCUGAUAAGGAUAAAAAUAACUGGAGGGAUAAGAAGGAGAAGACUGACAAGUUCAAGGAUUCUUUGAGUGAAGGUUUACAUAGAGAAGUGAGUACUGAUGAAGAUAUGGAACUGGAUAUUGAUAUAAAAGAUGAAGAAGAUGAACAGGAGAUUAUUGAAAGAAGGAGGAAAGAGCGUGAAGCUUUAUUACUGAGAUUGAAAGCCAAAUCGGAUAAUGAAAGUGACCAAAAUGAUGUUCAAAUCGUACCUGUAGAAUCUGAGAAACGACAAGAAGAAAAAAUAAUUUCCCACAAAGUUGAAGAAGAAUCUAUAAAAGAAAAUACUGAAAUUGAACCAUCCUUGACUCCUCCGCUUUUGCCAAACAUGAAAAACAAUAUGCAAAACAAAACAGAAGUUCAAAAUGAAAAGAAACAAGAAAAUAAAGAGAACAUAUUCAAAAAAGAACAGUGGGAUAUUUUUGCCGAUGACAAGGACAUGUUUAAGGGCAAAUACAAUUCCCCAAGUAAUAUAACACACAAGGGCAGUGCUUAUGAUAACCCCUCUCUGACUGAUAACUGGGAUGAUACAGAAGGUUAUUACAGGGUACGAAUAGGGGAAAAUUUGGACAAUAGAUACACUGUUUAUGGUCAUACUGGACAGGGUGUUUUCAGUAGUGUCGUUAGAGCCAGAGAUCAAGCAAGAGGCAGCCAGGAUGUAGCUGUAAAAAUAAUUAGAAAUAACGAAAUCAUGCAUAAGACUGGUCUUAAAGAACUGGAAGUGUUAAAAAAACUAAAUGAUGCAGAUGCUGAAGACAGGUUCCAUUGUCUAAGAUUAUUUAGACAUUUUUUCCACAAGCAACAUCUGUGUUUAGUGUUUGAACCCUUGUCUAUGAAUCUUAGAGAAGUGUUAAAAAAAUACGGUAAAAACGUUGGUUUGCAUAUAAAAGCUGUCAGAAGUUAUACACAACAGCUACUACUAGCGUUAAAACUACUUAAAAAAACCGGUGUCUUACAUGCUGAUAUCAAACCGGACAAUAUUUUGGUAAAUGAGAGCAAGUUAGUACUAAAAUUAUGCGAUUUCGGUUCGGCCUCAUACAUAACCGACAACGAAAUAACGCCCUACCUUGUGUCAAGAUUUUACCGAGCUCCUGAGAUCAUUUUGGGUAUAGCGUACGACUACGCUAUAGAUAUGUGGUCUGCCGCAUGUACCGUUUACGAGUUAUACACUGGUCGUAUUCUUUUCUCUGGGAAAUCAAACAAUCAAAUGCUAAAAUUUUUCAUGGACUUAAAAGGGAAAUUUCCAAACAAAGUGAUCCGAAAAGGAGCCUUUCGUGAGCAACAUUUUGAUGCAAAUUGUAACUUUUUGUAUCAUGAAAUUGAUAAAGUGACUGAGCGGGAAAAAGUUGUAGUGAUGUCGGUGGUGAAAGCAACAAGAGAUUUACAAUCAGAAUUAGUUGCCGGUCAAGCUUUACCAACUGAUCAGCUACGCAAGGUGUCCCAGCUCAAAGACUUCCUGGAUAAGGCUUUGGCCGUCGAUCCCGUAAAAAGGAUCAGCCUCAAUAAUGCCUUAACGCACCCUUUUAUACAGGACAAGAUUUGAGACUCGGUUUAGAGAGAAUACCGGAGGUGUCUUGAAAAAAGAAGCUAUUUGGUGAAACACUGAGAAAGGUACUUUUGAGAACCGGUUUUUAAUGAGUACAUUCAUUAGCCAAAAGAAUAUAUUUUAUAGGUGAUUAAAAUAAAGUUACAUUUCCUUGAUUAAAUAACUUAUAAAUAAACAAAUUUAUUUUAAUCACUCAUUUCAAAUAGACAACCGAUGC